GUAAAACUUUGUUUCAAAAGUGGAAAAAGUGGGCGAUCAAAACAAAGACCGAUUGCGAGACUCAGGCGGAUUUCGGGAGCGAAAAAUUCGCGAAUCGGCGCGCACUCGCAGAGACUUUGUAAGAAGGUGGACGUCGGCGAAUAUCGUAGAUCGAUGCGAACGUGAGUGUUCGGAAAAUGGGCCGUGUCCGCCACUGCAGCUGAUUCGUCGGACGGACGGUGGCGACGAUUGCGAACUCACCGACCGAGGACGUUCAUCGCAAGAAGCUUUGCGUUCGGCGUCGGGGGCCAAGCCAGAAAUAAUUGCAGGGGCGAUGCAGCGGGUGGCGCCGACUCUGCACCUCUGACGACACACGAUGACGGUCGACUUCAGCGAUUAUUUUUGGGGCGAGAAAAACAAUGGCUUUGAUGUUUUGUACCACAACAUGAAACAUGGCGUUUUGGCCAGCAAAGAGUUGUCCGAAUAUCUCCGAGAAAGAGCAAUUAUCGAGGAAAAUAUUUGCAAGCUUCUGACGAAGCAUGCAAAAACAGCCAGUAGCUCAACCGGCCAGGGCACAUUUGCCCCUCUGUGGACCUUGCUCAAGAACUCGUCCGAAAAGUUGUCCACAUUGCACGGCCAGAUGUUCCAGAAAAUCUCCGACCUGGUCAAGGACGUGACAAAGUACUCAGAGGAACUUCACAAGAAACAUAAAACGGUCAAGGAGGAUGAGUCGAUGACCUUGGAGGUUGUUCAGUCGAUCCAGGCAACGACCCUGGCCGUGCAGAAGGCCAAGGAUGUUUACACGCAGCGCAGCUUGGAGCUCGACAAGCUUAGGAAGGAAAACGCCUCGGCUAAAGAUGUGGAAAAGUCGGAGGUCAAGGUUAGAAAGGCUCAGGAAGAGUACAAAACCCUGGUAGAGAAGUAUGCAGUUACGAAAGAGGAUUUCGAGAGAAAGAUGCUCAUCGCCUGCAAGCACUUCCAAGAAGUUGAGGAAGCCCAUGUCAGGCAAAUGAAGGAGUUUCUAAGCACUUAUGCUGACGAUCUUCUCAACAACCAUGAUCAAAUUGGACAGGUUCACUUGGAAUUUAAAAGAUCGUGCUUGGACUUGACUGUGGACAAAUUGCUGGAACAGUUCGUCCUUAAUAAAUACACUGGCCUAGAAAAACCAGAACAAAUAGAAUUUGAGGAAGUGAGUAUAUCUGGCGGCCCAGUGUCUACCGCAGUCAGCGUGGGGGGUGGGGAGGUGGCAUCGUUAAAGGACGAAAAGGCCAACGGCAGCGGCGACAAGCCGGUUAAAAAAGAAUCGGCUUCAGGUAAUCUAGAGGCAGGCAGGCCAACAAAACAAAGCAAACCAUCCCGCCGCACAACUUCCCUUCUCAAUCUCUUCAUGCCUAAUUCCCAGGGAUUGAAAGAGAGCGGCGAGACCACUUCGGCGCCCACGAGUCCAACCGGGCCCAAUAACACAACCACCAACACCGCCUCUCUUGUUCGGAAUCCGUUGCGCGGAACACAGAAGGACUCACCACCUCGCUCCCCUUACACUAGUAUCUCAACUUGGACUACAGGAUUUCUUAGAAGUAGGCGUGAGAAAAAGAAGGAGAAGAAGGCAAAGAAAAACUCAAAGAAAGACUCUCAGGAUAACAAUAGCAACAAGGAGGAUAAAUCUGAUGGAGAGGACAAGGACGAUGGUUCAAGCAGGAAGUCAGGCACUCCGCCUCCCCCUGAGGUUGAUGAUGAGGGCUAUAGAAUCAGGCCAAAGGUCGACAACUGGGAUAAUGACAAAAACUUCUAUUCAAGCUCGGAUACUGAUUCUGAUGAUGAGAGGGAUAGAAAAAUACACGUCCAGAUCAAGCCACAAAUCAAUGGGACUUCAGCAAUGAGCGCCAGUGUCGACGAACUGAGAGCAACGGUCGAAAAUAUGACCCUUUCUUCUGUGGGCCAAAUGAUUGCAAGAAGGGGGUCAAGUGUGGACCACGAUGGCAUGAAAAGAAGUCAAUCUGUCUCUCAGCAGCUCGGAGGGAAGCCAAGUAGUGACUUGUUAGGCUUGAAUCUGUUCCAAAGUCCCUCAAGCUCUGUGGCAUCCACGCCUAGUGGUGCCAACGUGUCUGCAGGCCAGUACUCGCAGCUGCAGAGCCCCCCGGCCCUUUCCAGUCCAAGAGGGAGUCCAGCCAUGCCUCAGUCGGAGGCUCAGACUUCUCGAUAUGCAGAUCUUGGAGACAUUUUUGCCGAAGUUGGAGAAAUGCAGCCUGCCCUUCCACCAAAGCAACGUCAGACUCCAACCCCUACAAUGGGAUCAAUCGCCAUUCCAAGACCCCCUUCGAGACGAGGAGAGGGCACCCCUCAGCUUAGAGGACGCGUCAGUCCCGCUAGCCCUGCCCCUUCAAAUAUCGCCCGCGCCGAUAGCACCAACAGCCUCGAGUUCCGCACCUCAGGAGUGCUCAACUCGUCCAGAGGCCCCUCCCCUCUCACCAUUGGCAUGUCCGACACCGUCCCCCUGGCCGUCGCCUUCCACGAAAUCAUCCACGCCUUUUUCCGCGGCUCAGAUGAGACCCGUUGCCAGAUCAAAAUGUCCGGUGACAUGAUGCUCUCGUUUCCAGCAGGAAUCGUCACCAUCCUGGCCAACAACCCUUCACCAGCGCAACUUUCUUUCAAAGUAAAAAAUUCGCAUCGACUGGAGAACGUUGUGCCCAAUAGGCAACUAAUAACAUUGGAUGCAUCACAAUCAACGACUGAGGUCACUUCAUACGAAUUUAACAUGAGUGCCCUCACUGCCCUAUUGAGACGACAAUUUGAUCAAAACCCCACUGCCUCUUACUUCAAUGUGGACAUUUUAAAGUACCAAAUUAAAUCAAAAAGUGGUGCUUCUUCGUGCCCAUUCCAAUUGGUUUCGUACUGGAAAUGUGAGAAAGGUCACACUGACCUGAGGGUCGACUACAAGUACAACAGCCACGCCAUGGCCUCUCCUUCGCCCUUGCUCAACCUCACAGUGGCCGUCCCCGUCGACGGGGGUGUUCUCGGAAUGCAAUCAAAGCCAAACGGACUUUGGGUGGCCGAGAGCAACAGAGCGAUGUGGAAGUUUACAGAACUUUCCCAGCACAGUGAAAACCACGGAGUUGGUUCUCUCAGGGCGCGAUUUGAGCUUAGCAAUGGACCAGGUUCGCAAGGCACAAUUGCGACCCAGUUCAACUGCGAAGGAACCACUCUGUCAGGAGCAGAGUUCGAACUUGUUGGCACCGGCUACAGACUGUCUCUUGUCAAAAGAAGAUUUGUUUCCGGUAAGUACAUUUGUGACGCUGACUUUGACUCAAAGUAUCGAUAUGCGGCCCCGCCUGGCCCGACGGCCUGCUAGCAUCUGGCCUGUGUCGAGGAGGGCUCGUAUUUGGCUGUCUGCGUGGUGCUGGUGGCCGCCACGGCCGCCGCCUCUCUGCUCCUCUCCAUUUGGCCUGAUUUGUGAUUGAAAAGCCCAGACAACCAAUGAGAAGUUCACUCGCAUAUAUAAACUUAAGUUUGGAAAUUUCCUUCUGCAGUGCAGUCGGAUCCAGUCAAAAUUUCUAAUUUGGCGCUUUUGACAGUUUCAAUCGGUUUCUUAUUUUUGCAAUUGCGUCGAAAGCGCACGGGUUCCAGAGCACUGUAAGUGAUGUCACUGAAUGUCCAGAGAGAAAUACAAGAGAAGACUGCCAGAUUCACGUUUUACUAACGCUGCUAGAAUCUUUGAAUCGAGAGAAAGAAGUUUUCGCGUUUUGUUGUGCAUUCCGUGUAAGUUUUGAACUCAAAAAGUGUGGUCAAAAAAGCGCCACGGCUCCUCGCGAUCGCCUCGAUUUUGGCAUUCGAGGUCACGUCUGGAAUAAUCAUGUGCCAACCACCCACAGAAGCCUCAAAAUUGUAAUAUCUCGAUUGCGAGAGAGCGCGGCGACUUGUAAAUUGGUAAAUCGUUUUCUGUGAUACCGGAGGAGAAAAGAAUUCAAAACAUACAAUUUAACACUAAAUGUUUCCUUGUCAAGGCCCUAAUCACGCCUUUUUCUACUGAACAUUUUUAUCUCGUCCCCGAAAGCAACGUCGCAGACUUUAAAUUUGCACCAGCGAGGUUGUUCGAACUUGUUGCAGAAUAUUAAUUAAUGAUUAACUUGAGAAAAAUCAGGCUGUUCCACUUGAAGGGCUAAUCAUUUAAAAGCUUUCGAUUCGUUUUAAGUGUUCAUGGUUAAUUUUCAGUUGUAAACAUUAAUUUCGCUUUUGUGUUGUUCUGUGUCUACCUUAAAUAUGGAUACAUUAUAAUUAUAAAUAUAUCAAUUAUUUUUUAUUAUGUGUCGCCCAUCGUAUCGUAAAAUCAGCUUGUUCUCAUGGCUGCUAUUGUAAAAAUGUUUCAUAAAUGCCUCAUUACUUUAUGAUUGUAUAAGCAUUAUAUAUUGCCACUCUAUAUAGAAGGCGGGUUAUUAUUUUAUCCCACAAAUAAAUACAGAAAUGCAUAAAAAAAUUCUUAUUCUGACUAAUUUUAUUCAAUGGGUGGGUAAUCUCAGCAAAUUGAAAAUUAUUUUUAUUCACUCAUCAUUUCCUUAUACUUUGCUUGGUCAUCCAGCAUUUUCAGGAACACUUUGUACUUUUUCCGGUGGAACCUAAAAUCCAAAAUUAAAUUCCAAUUUUUUCCUAAAAAAGUCUUACUCUUGCGUGGUGGGUUGAGGCAGAAUUUUCGUGGCCGCGCCACCCAUACUGAUGGCCGCUUGGUGUACAGUGGGAAAGGCACCGGCGGCCGUUGCACCAAGAAUCGCUGCUCCGAGCAACACAGAUUCCGGCUCUUCGGGCAGCAAUACGGGCAUUUCCAACACGUCACUUGUCGUUUGAACAAAAACGGGAUUUUUUGCCAGACCGCCACACAUCAGAGCAACGUUUAGUUUGUGUCCGUGUUUCUGAAGAGUCUCGUAGAUAUGCUUCGUUCCGUACUAAUAAUUUUUUAAUUAAAAAUA